CGGGAUAGUUCUUUGGCGUGGGAGAUAAAGUCCUGCAGAAUUUGAAGCAUGGAGAGUCCACCAAGAGGGACAGAAACAAGUGAAUUAGUGCCAAAUGAUGGAGAAAGCAGCUCAAGGAACAGCCAACACAACGGUGAGGAGAAUCCCAUUUCAGAGGUGAGUAACGAUGUACUCCUCAUAGGGCAAGCUAUUGAAUUGAAGGAAGAUGGGACAAGGCUAUUCCAGAGGAGGGACUAUGAGGAGGCAGCCAUCAAAUUUGGCAAUGCAAUAAAGCUCCUUCCAAAGGAACACAAUGAUAUUGCUUUUCUCCACUGCAGUGCUGCAGCGUGUUACAUGCACAUGAAUCCUGAGGACUAUGAACAUGCAAUUGAUCAGUGUAAUCUGGCAUUGGAGGCAUCACCAAAGUACACAAAUGCAUUAUUGAAAAGGUCACGGUGUUUCGAAGCAUUGGAUAGGCUUGAUCUCGCUUGUGAGGACGUACAGAAGGUGCUGAGCUUAGAACCAAACAAUAUAACUGCAUUGGAGCUAUCAGAGAGUAUCAGGGAGCGGAUGGAGGAGACAGACAUUUUGUUGGAGAAACAAGUUGUUUCACCUAAGGAGCCUAAUGCCAUUUUAGCAAAAGAGAAGAUCAGAAGGAAGGUAUCCCGCAAAUUUAGAAACUCCAUAGUUGAGGAAGAGGUGUGGGAAAUGAUUCAUGAAGAGGACAUGCAAGAGAAUGAAGAAAAUAUUGAGGAAGAAAAAUGCAAUGGGAAUGACCAUGUGCAGAAUGAUGCAAGGCUGGAAGAAAACAACACUGAGCAGGUGCAGAUAAAACAUAAUCGGGAUAGCGAUGAAAAGUACAGAGAAGAGACCAGGCCGAAUCAUGGACAGUGCAGUCGAGGAGCGAGCAAUGAUGGGCAGAAAUUGCAGCACUCUUCACUGAAUAUGGAAGAGAUGUUUGUCAAUCUCAAGCAUGGUCAAGACAAGCAUCAGAAACAUCUUAAAGAGAUCCAUGUUAGAAGCAGUCAUGAGCAGGAAACCCAUCCAUUCAGUAGUAUCGACAAACGUCAAAAGAAUAUUGAUCAGAUACAAACCAAUAGUCACAGCUUGCAAGAAAAGCACACAGAGAAGUUUGAAAGGUAUGCAAAUGGCAACCGAGAAAAACCUAUUUUAGGCAGGCAUAUUGGUCGUGGUGAGGAUAAGCAGGAAAAACGGUCGACAACCAAACCAACACACCAUGGCAGAGACAAGCACAAAAAGCAUAUCACAGAGAAUCACACAGAUGUUAACAGAAGAGCAAUGAAGAGCGUAAAGUUUGUUUGUGGAGAUGACAUACGGAUUGUUGUAAUUCCAGAAAAUAUUACUCUAAUGCAGUUGAUGGACAUAGCUCGCUAUAAGUACAAUCCUCACCUGAAAUCCAUACUUCUUAAAUUUAUGGACAAAGAGGGUGACCUGGUGACAAUUACCUCAAGUGAAGAACUACGAUGGGUCGAAGAACUAGAUCCACAGAAGCCUGUCCGGUUGUAUAUAAAGGAGGUAAGUCCUGAUCGUGAAAUCACUAGGGAUCUUGUCAUGCCUACUACUUCCUACAAUAAGUUCGAAAGAAAUCACCAUUCCAUGUCUGAAUGUGGAAGUUCUAGGCAUGGUGAAGAAAAAAAUUCUUUCACGGAUGACUGGAUGGUACAAUUUGCCCGUCUAUUCAAGAAUCAUGUUGGUUUUGAUUCUGAUGCAUAUGUGGAUCUACGCGACCUCGGUAUGAGGCUCUACUACGAAGCCAUGGAAGAAACCAUCACAAGUGAAGAAGCCCAGGAGAUAUUUCAAGCCGCAGAGGCAAAAUUUCAGGAAAUGGCAGCUUUAGCAUUGUACAAUUGGGGCAAUGUUCACAUGUCUCGUGCAAAGAAGCGGUUACUUUUAUCUGAAGAUUCUUCACAAGAAUCAAUACUUUUUCAGGUAAAAAAUGCAUAUGAGUGGGCAUGCACUGAAUAUGUCAAAGCUGGGAAAAAGUUUGAAGAGGCAGUGGAUGUAAAACCAGACUUUUAUGAAGGUCUCAUUGCUCUUGGACAGCAACAGUUUGAGCAAGCAAAGCUUUCAUGGCGUUAUGCAGAUGCAUGCAAAAUAGGCAUGGGAACUGAAGUCCUAGAACUAUUCAACCAUGCUGAGGACAAUAUGGAAAAGGGAAUUGAAAUGUGGGAAGGAAUAGAAUAUUUGCGUGUAAAAGGACUAUCUAAAUCAAAAAAGGAGAAAAUGUUACUGGAUAAAUUGGGCUUGAAUGGACAUGCAAAAGAUUUUUCAGCAGAUGAAGCAUUUGAACAAGCUUCAAAUAUGCGAUCUCAGCUGAACAUUUCAUGGGGUACCAUUCUUUAUGAGCGUUCAGUAGUGGAAUUCAAGUUAGGACUAUCGAGCUGGGAGGAAAGCCUUACUGAAGCAAUCGAAAAAUUUAAGACUGGUGGAGCAUCUCUACCUGAUAUAAGUGUAAUGAUAAAGAACCAUUGUGCAAAUGAGAAAACACAGGAAGGAUUGAGCUUCAAGAUUGACGAGAUAGUUCAAGCAUGGAAUGAAAUGUAUGAUGCUAAAAAGCUAAAAAAUGGUGGCUCUUCUUUCCGUCUAGAACCUUUAUUUCGAAGAAGGCCUUCAAAGCUGCAUAAUAUAUUAGAGCACAUACACUACACAUGAGAUUGUAUAUCUGACAUAGGACUUGGAUGCUGUAAACAUGGAUAGGGAGGUUGAGACUAUCUUUUUUUCUGAAAAAGACUGAUUAUUUAUGGUAUUGGAGUACACGCAUGCUUCCUACACCGAGUGAUCUUCCCAUUCAAGCAAACAGAGCUGCUAAGGAUGCACAUUAUACUAAAGAAGAUAUUUCACAAGCUUCCUAUUUCAGAUAUGCAAAUGUCCAAGUGUGUACUCAUAGAUAAAUAGGAAGGCUCAGCUAAAUUGUAACUUCUUGUAAAUGAAACACGAUAGUGAAUUGUUCAUAGUCCUCAAUUGCAUGAAAGUUAUGUAUUUUUGUUGGAAAGAUUUUAUUAUAUGCAGAGAUAUAAAUCGAUAAAUAAUAAUACUUCCUCCGUCCCCAAAAAGACUUCGUUUUUAG